AUGAUUUUUCCAGUGCACACAGCUACAAGAAACGUGGGCGUGGGCGUGGGCGUGGGCGUGAGGUCUGCGCAACGCCCGGCCCCCAGGGCCGCCGUGUGGGCCAGGCGCUGCUACAGCGCCGACAACGUCCACAGCAAAGCGGACAACGACUACUUGCUGCUGCAGGCCAUACGGGGCGACGCUGCCGCCAGGGCGCCGGACCGAGACGAUCUUCUCAACAGCCCGACCACGCUUCCCCGCUACGACUUGCUCAAGACCGUGGGCCAGAUCCGCCGCGAGCUGCUUGCCGGCCGCCCGGGCCCCUCGCCCGCCCGCGCCUACGACGGCCUGGUGGUGCAGUACCGCCGGGCGAGAAACGUGUUCCGCUUCUUCAAGGAGGGACUUCUGAACGUGUGGCGGGUGCACCGGGCGUUGCGGCGCGGGCUUUUCAGCGGCCGCCGGUACGUGGUGGACUACUCCGAGGCGGGCGGCGGGCGGGUCGCGGUGCAGCGGGGCGACUUUGGGCGGGUGGUGGACGAGCUCAGCGGGCGCGUGGCGCUCCUAAAGAUCGAGUACGACGCCGGGCGGCGGACCGCGGCCGGUUUUCUGGGGCGGCCGCGGCCGGAGCUUCUGUUGAGCCGGCGCGAGUUUGUGGAGAUGGUGCGGGACCGGGCGAACUUCGUGAAGUUGCCGCUGUUCGGGGCGCUAUUUGUGGUGCUGGAGGAGUUGAGCCUCCCGCUCAUCUUCCUCUUCCCCCAGAUGUUGCCCGGGACGUGUGUGCUGCCCGGGGCGCUGGAGCGGCGGUACUACGCGCGCAGCGCGCGGGCGUUUGGCCGGCUGGUGGCGCAGCACUCCAGAAGUGAGAGCGAGUGCCGGGACUUUGUGCAGGCGGUGGCGAUGGGCCGGGUGAGCGCGGCGCACCACGAGCUGGCGGACGCGAGGACGCGGCGCGACGUCUGCCACGUGCUGCACUGUCGCGGCACGACGGCGGCGGCGUUGCAGCAGCACCAGAAGAUCCUUCUUGCAGACGACUACCUCGUGGUGGCCGGCGGCGGGGUGGGGCGGCUGAGCGACGCAGAGGUGGUGCACGGGUGCGUUGUGCGCGGGCUUGCCGCGGGACAGGCUGUGGGCGGCGCGGCCGUGGGCGCCGGCGGCGCGGACGCCGACGCGGUGGCCGGCUUACGUCAGCAGCUGGGACGCUGGCUCGACGUGCGUUUUGUGCAGCGCGCGACGUGA